UAAAAGCAGAGCUGCGUGCAGAGAAGCUGGGCGGCACCCUGGAAGAGCAGCAGUGCAGCAGCUUCCUCACUCUCAGCAUCUACCUUCUGUCCUCACCAGGUCCUGAGCAUUAUGGUGUACCACGAGGAGCUCGAGCAUGCGGGGAAGGAGCCCGGCCUGCAGGUGUGGCGGAUAGAGCAAAUGGAAUUGACACCCGUCCCUCCUCAACUCCAUGGACAAUUCUACACCGGAGACUCUUACUUAGUGCUUCACACCACAUCUGGUUUUUCCUACAACGUUCACGUGUGGUUUGGUAAGGAAACUUCCCAGGAUGAACGAGGGUCUGCUGCCAUCUACAUGGUACAGCUGGAUGACCGCCUGAACGGAAAGGCAGUGCAGCACACUGAGCAUCAAGACCAUGAGUCAAAAUCCUUUAUGGGAUACUUCAAGCGAACAGGCGUCACGUACAAGAAAGGUGGAGUGGCCUCAGGCUUCUCACACGUGGUGACCAACGAUAUGAACGUCAAACGUCUGCUGCACGUCAAAGGUCGUCGGAUGAUCAGAGCCACGGAGGUGGACAUGUCCUGGAGCGGCUUCAAUAACGGCGACUGCUUCAUCAUUGAUUUCGGAAAGACCAUCUACAACUGGGCCGGCAGUCAGAGCAAUCACUUUGAGCGCCUGAAAGCCAACGAGGUGGCCAAAGCUAUCCGCGACAAUGAGAGAAACGGGCGUUCCACUGUCGAGAUGAUUGACGAAGGCUCAGAGCCGGAGGAAGUCAUUGGAGUGCUCGGACCCAAACCGGACCUCCCACCAGCAAGCUGCGAUCAUAUCGCAGAUGUGAAAAGCAAGAACGAGGCCUCGCUGUUUUUGAUUUCGGAUGCUUCUGGCUCCAUGGAGACAACUUUGGUGGCUGAAAAAACCCCGUUCAAACAAGACAUGCUCUCCUCGUCUGAAUGCUACAUCUUGGACAACAAAGGAGACGAAAAGAUAUUUGUUUGGAAAGGUCAAGAUGCAAAUGAAGAAGAACGCAAAGUAGCACUGUGCACUGCAGAAAAGUUCAUCGAAAUAAGGAGUUACUCCCCAAAUACUCAGAUCAACAUUUUGCCACAGUGGGGCGAGACGUCUCUGUUUAAGCAGUUUUUCCUUGACUGGAUGGACAAGGACGAGACUGUCGGCCUGGGAGAGGUUCACACUAUUAAUAAAAUCGCCAAGGUGGAGAAGAUUCCCUUCGACGUCUCCAAACUCCACGACAAAACCAUGGCUGCCCAGCACGGCAUGGUGGACGACGGCUCCGGGAAAGUCCAGAUUUGGCGCGUGGAAGGAAAUGAUAAAAAGCCUGUGGACCCGCAAACCUACGGACAGUUUUACGGAGGUGACUGUUACCUGGUGCAGUACUCCUACAAUGACGGAGGCAGAGAGAAGCAUAUCAUCUACAUCUGGCAAGGGCAGAAGUGCUCCAGUGAUGAACUGGGCGCUUCAGCCAUUCUCGCCAUCGAGCUGGACGAUUCCAGCCUGGGUGGAGCUGCUACCCAGGUUCGUGUCACUCAGGGUCAAGAACCAAAUCAUCUUAUGAGUUUGUUUAAUGGCAAACCUUUGAUGGUUUACCUGGGUGGGACAAGCCGCAAGAGUGAUGACAAGGAUGAAGAGCCUGCCAACACACGUCUCUUCCACAUCCGCCAGGGCAGCACCGGAGCCACGCGGGCUGUUGAGGUGGAGCCCGAUGCCACCUCACUGAACACCAACGACGUGUUUGUGCUGAAGAACGGUGACUCCAUGUACCAGUGGAACGGGAAGGGAGCGACUUCUGAAGAGAAGGCUGCAGCUCAGGAUGUCGUUGAACGUAUCAGCGUCACCCAACAAUGUACCCAAAAAUGUGCUGGAAAACUGAAAGUGAUGAAUGAGAACGAAGAGUCAGAUGAUUUCUGGAAAGCGCUGGGUGGGAAGAAGAGAUACCAAUGCAACAAAGCCCUGAGGAACGCCGUCUGGCAACCACGACUGUUUGGCUGCUCAAAUAAGACUGGCACAGUGAAUGUAGAAGAGGUGCCCGGUGAUAUCACACAGGCAGAUCUGGCACCUGAUGAUGUCAUGAUUCUUGAUACCGGAGAGCAGCUCUUCCUUUGGAACGGAAAGGAUGCCAAUAAGGAGGAGAGAUGUGGAUCAUGGGAGAUUUCCGAUAAAUAUGUGCUCAGCGACCCCAGCGGCCGUUUCGGUAUGCCCAUCAUCGCCGUUACGCAGGGGGAUGAGCCAAGCUCCUUCACCGGCUGGUUCCAUGCCUGGGACCCCAAUUAUUGGUCAACUGAAUAGAAAUAAGGCAAAUGAGCUUAAGGUUUUUUGUGGUGCCAGAAAACCUUCACCCAAAAACACCUGCAAAGAUUCAUUACUUAUCAUGCAUCACUGGAUUAUUACCUUUAACGUUUUAUCAGCUUCAGAUUUUAAAGUUCUGCCUUGGUGGACGUUAGCUUGGAGCUGCAAUAAAGAUUUCACAUCCCA